UCCCUCAACAUCAAAACCCAACCCACCGCCCAAAAUGUCUUCCAACUUGCGCAUAGAAGUCGCAAAAGAGCACGAAAUCCCCGCAACAGCAGUCCUAAUAGCACGCACCUUCGCCGGCCCGGACGUAGAAACCUUCCUGGGCAACAUCGACACACCCGCAGCACUAGAAGCGACCAAAGUCCGCCACCUGCGGUCCUGGCACGAGCAUAUGGACGAAACAGGCCGGCCGUCUGUAGUGCAAUGCAUCCACACCGAUCCCGCAACAGGGACAGAGUCUCUCGCCGCGUGCGCGCAAUGGUUCAUCUUCGACAAACCGCGGUCGCCGGAGAUGGUGGAGAAGCCGAACUAUCACCAAACGGGCGAAUGGCUUUCGCAGGAACAGGGUGGGCCGGCGAAAGCGGAGGCCAUUUUCCGCAAGAUGGUGGCCGAUCGGGCCAAGUGGUCGCGCGGGCGCGGGAUUGCGAUUCUGCAGUUCAUGGCGACGGCUGAAGCGUUUAGGAGGCGUGGGGCGGCGACGAUGGUGGUGCGGUGGGGAUUGGAGGAGUGUGUCAAAGCCGGCAUUCCGGCGUAUUUGGAAGCCAGUCCGGAAGGGGUUUUGGUGUAUGAGAAGCUGGGGUUCGAGGUGGUGGAUCAGUCGUAUGCCGUGUGGGAGGGGGAACGCAUACCCUGUCCGGUCAUGAUCUGCUGGCCGCCGGGGACCAAGGCGAGCGAGAAGCGUCCGCUUCCAUGAAUUCACGACCGACGGACGA